AUGAUAGUGCGGCUGCUGAGACUAUACUCGGAGAAAGUUUUAUACCAAGCUGAUGUACACUCCGAUAAUGAAAUUCAUCCCCUUGGUAAUUUCAAGUUGCACACAGUGACGCAAGACGCACCAAGUUGGAAGAAGUCAACUUCAAGUGAAAUUAAGCCAGCGGGUUACAGGAUGUGGUCAAGCAACACCUUUAUAUUUGACUGUGAGAGCCACGCGGGUCAGAAAAUAUUGACCAAGUACUGGCUCGUCGCAACCGCGUCAAUUUCGCCGACAGUAUUGUUUUUCCUUCGGACUUACGUAUCACGACCUUGGCUCAAUGCAUGGCUAUCGGCCAUCUCUGAGCGGAGCGCAGGGAUAGUGGUCAAGCAUGACAUUAUGGCUAGAACCUCGCGGGACAUUCUCUUGAGCUUUGGCUUGACUUUACCUGAUGGAACACCGAGCAAGACGGUGAAAGGCAAUUGGGAAAAAAUAGUAGGAGAUCGAGAGUACCUCUCAGUUGAUCGUCGAUGGCUGAGUGAACGAGCUCAGCACGCAAUCAGCGUUCAAAAAACAUCGACUAAUCAAUGGAACAUGCCUAUACUUCCAGUUGCCUGUAAAAGUGCAAUUAUAAUGAGCAAUACCGACGUCAGCUACGCCCCACUACGCGAACCAUGGCUUUGGAUCAAUGCACGACCGUCGGUCACCUCUGAGCAGAGCGCAGGGAUAGUGGAUAGUGGUCAAGCGACGCACCCAGGUCGUCGGAGGUUGUUGGGGAUGCAGGUCAAAAGAGAGCUAACGGUACAGCACGACCAGCACCCGGGGCCCAAAAGGACAGGCGAUGUCCCUGCCCAUUGCUUGCAGUCCAAAGAUUUUGAAGAGGAGGCGCAUGGGGAGUCGCAGGUUAUACUAUCAAGGGCUCUGGCUCUGUUUACCCCAGUGACACUGGCAGCAACACAGGAAGCGGCAAGGAUUGUGAAGUAA